AAUCCUUGCUUUCUAGGCAGAUUACUCAAGAAGCAAAGAAAAGCUUUUCAUUAACUCUUAUUGAGAGCACACCAAUAAUCUAAGAAACAUGUCACCUUAUUAACAGAGAAAACGAAAUUCUAGUUUUGCAUCAGUGUGCUAUUUGAUAUUAUAGCUCAUCUUUAAAACCUUAUAAAUAAAGCCAUUGAACUUUAACUACCAUUGACCACAAGAAAUAAAAUCCCUUUUCUGAGAACCACAUCCAUCCAGGUUUUGUCCUACACAUUCAUCUUUCUCAUUCUGGAACAACCAGUCAUUUUACUUUCGGACAAAAUUAUUCUUUUUCUUUAACAAAAACGCAUUCUGCAUACCUUCUAUACUUUAUUUAGUCUAAAUCUAAGGUUUAUUUUUUCUCAAAGUCUAAGGUUUUCAGUUACCAAAAGAUCUUGGAAAGUAUCUUUAAGGCUGAUGUACUACACAUGGAAUAUAAUUACUAUUGAAAUAAAGUUUUGUGAGAAUGAGUUCCCUUUCAUUAAUUUCUGAGAAUUUUGAGUAUUCAAUUUAUAAAAGCACUUAAUUAUCUCUAAACCAAUAAUAAUGGAGCUCCUUGGGGUGAUUUUAUAAUCUCAUUUGGUAAUACCAUCAGGGGUAGGAAAUGUUACGUACACAUAUGGGCACACAAAAACAUGCAUAUAAAAUAAAUAAAAGUCCCGGGGAAGUAAUAGACAGCAUGGACACUAUACUUAAUAAUAGUGUACUAUAUUGUAUAUUUGGAAGUUGUUGAGAGAGGAGAUUUUAAAAAUUCUCAUCGCAAGGGAAAAAAAAAACUAUGUGUGGCGAUAGAUGUCAAAUAGACUUAUUACGGUGGUUAUUUUGCAACAUAUACAAAUAUCAUUAAGUUGUACACUUGAAACCAAUAUAUGUUUUUAGAGGUGUUUCUUAACCUCCACUUUUCUAGGAUCACAGUCAGAACACGUCUUCCCAUGGUAUCACCCUCUGUGACAGCUCGUGAUACCUGUAAUGCCAGGGGGCUGAGUGGGGGCUUGUGAGAGUCCUCAGGUAAAAGUAGGUAGGGUAGGUAGACCCCUACUUGGGGUCUGCGACUUUCUGGCAGCAGCAGGUAAGCGCUUUUGCUUGGCACAGGAACCGGAGUGAUUAACCGGCCUCUCAAUAGUUCCUUCUAAUUAAGGAAGGCGUAUUCAGGUCUGUGCUUCCCUUCCCAGACGUAGCGCGUAUCUGUGCUCAAAGGGGAGUCUGCAGAUAUCUUGCUUAGUAAUCUUUAAUUUAAAAUUUGGUUUGCUUUUCAUAUUUUUAUGAAGACUUUACCAAAAAGCCUCUUCUUUUGUGUCCCAAAUAAAGCAAAAGAAAUUUAUUCUGUCACCAAAGUCCCACAGCUUGAAAAGUGACUACAGGCUUCGGAGCCGUGAUGCUCAAAGCGUCCGUCAAGGAUUCGCCGCAUCAGUCAUCACGCUUUCGAGAAACGCAGAAUCUCAGUCCCGCCCCAGCCCUCCCGACUCAGAGCUUGGCUUCUUAUCGAGAUCUCCCGGGGACUGUGCAUGCCUUCCAGGGCACUAAACUGAGAUUCACCCACGCCCUUAUCCGGAGCAGCGCAUUAGUGUCUCGCGGGCCCCUGGGCAAACAUUGCAGCCGUCCUUUUGUGGAAGAAAUCGCCUCUGGAAAAGGGCGGGAAGCAGUUUGGGUACUAGAUGGGUAAUGCUUGGUCGUGAAGUCGAGAGUAUAAUGGGAGAGUGAACUCCUUUGAUAGUUUUCUACCUUUUGGUGAACCCUGCAAAUUUUCAUGCUUUUGUGUUUCACAGAAAGCAGCUGUAUUCUUUUACCUAGAAAACAGCCUGAUAAACUGGGAUCUGGAUUUCCUUUAGUGAGCACCCGCUAGGGCUUUACUUUUGCACUCAGCUCUGUGCAGACUGCGUGGAGUAUUCAAAUAGGGACAGCGGCUGGUGACUGUCACGCCACAGAUCCCGUCCAAUGGGGAACAGACACGAGGAACAGGAACUGCAAGGACUGCUAGGCCUGGUACAGCACGUGGCAGGCCUGGCGGGCUUCUUCGAGCUAAUCCAAGUCUGGACUCGGCCCAGCUCGGUAACCUCCUGGCCCAGCCUGCACCGCGGCAGCGGAGGCGACAGGCGCAGGGUGGUUGCGGUGCUGCGGCACUCUGGUCUGGAGGCAUCUCCAGCAGAUCCAAUGAAGCAGUACCCAGCACCCCGGGACCAGGAACUGCCUGACUGUGGUCAGAGCUAGAGGGCAGGCGUACUGUUGAGUGUGUGGGUGGAAUCCCCGCAGCUGUCAGGGGGGCCCUAAGCAGCAGGCACCUCCAGUACACACAGCAGAGUUCUCGGACUUUGAGGAGGAACCCACAGCAAGAGGAGGCUGUGGAAACCUGGGACGAUUCUGCCUUCAUACUUGGCACUGGCUCAGGAUUUUUUGAGUCCUGGUCCAACACUGUGAGCUGAUUCCUGCCCCCGGUGUUAGAUCGGUCCAUAGAAAGCGGGAGCGAUGGCCUUGUCACUGUUGGAGGAUUGGUGCAAGGGGAUGGACCUGGACCCCAGGAAGGCCCUGCUGAUCGUGGGGAUCCCUGUGGAGUGUAGUGAGGCUGAAAUUAAGGAGACCUUGAAGGCAGGCUUACAGCCCUUGUGCAACUACAGGGUGCUGGGCAGAAUGUUCAGAAGGGAAGACAAUGCUAAGGCAGUUUUCAUUGAAUUAGCUGACACCAUCAAUUAUGCUAUGAUGCCCAGUCAGAUACUAGGAAAGGGAGGUGCCUGGGAAGUGGUGGUGAAACCCCGUAGCCCGGAUGAUGAAUUUCUCCAUAGACUGAACUACUUCCUGAAAGACGAGGGCCGGAGAAUGGUCGAUGUGGUCAAGACCCUGGGGUACACCACCCCCACCGAGGGCAUAGAGCCAGACGGCUUGGCUCAAGUCAAGGCACCCGUUUGGCAGCCUGUGACAGAAAGCAUGUGGUACCGGAAACUGAAAGUGUUUUCAGGGAGCGCUAGCCCCAGCCCGGGCGAAGAGAACUUUGAAGCCUGGCUGGAGCAGGUCACUGAGAUGAUGCAGAUGUGGCAAGUGUCUGAGGCAGAGAAGAGGCGCCGUUUGGUGGAGAGCUUGCGCGGCUCUGCCCUGUCCGUCAUGCGGGUGCUCCAGGCCAAUGAUGACGCCAUGACUGUGGAGCAGUGCCUGGACGCCCUGAAGCAGAUCUUCGGGAAUAAAGAGGACUAUAGAACCUCACAGUUUAAGUUCCUCCAGACCCUUCAGAAGUCUGGGGAGAAAAUCUCGGGGUUUUUGCUGCGCUUAGAGCCCCUGCUGCAGAGAGCCGUGCGGCACAGCCCCUUGUCAGUGAGAAGCACAGACAUGAUUCGCCUGAAACACAUCCUGGCUCGGGCCUCCAUGACUGCUGCCCUCCGGGGCAAGCUAGAGCUCCUGGAUCAGCGAGGGUGCGCUCCCACCUUCCUGGAGUUAAUGAAGCUCAUUCGGGAUGAAGAGGAGUGGGAGACCACCAUGGCUGUGACCAAGGAGGGGCAGAAGCAAGUAGGAAGGGGCCGCAAGGCACCGGGCAGGCACGUAGUGGCUGAGGCCACUGUCCCAACACCUCAGGUCAUCCUACAGGCAGGGCCAUUUAGUGAGAAGAGCGCUCAGACCAUCCAGAAAGGGGCUGUCCCGACACUGAAGCGCAGGCGACUGUCCUGCUGCUACAGUACCGGGGAGGAAGGCCCCAGCCAGGGGGCGUGUCCUCGGGCCAAGAACCAACCUUCACCAAAGCAGAGUCCUCAGCUUGCAGCAGAAGAGUCGGGAAACGGGACAGGGGCUGGGGCUAUGAGCCAUCCCGAGCCCUAGGAAGCUUAGGCUCAACAGAUCCAGGCAUCCUCUCCCCUUGCAGGCAAUGGAAAAUUUUUAAUGAGGGAAAGGGGCAGUGCACAAAAAUAGCAAGGGGCUUGAGUGGGGAAGAGGGGCAGGGCAGCCAGGCCCAGGCCGAGCCCCGUCGGCCUCCACCAGCCGGAAAGGACUCCAUCCAAGCCAAAACCAGCUCAGGAAGGUACUGGCGACGCAAACAGAGGGCCGCCACAUCCAGCACACAGGCUGCCCAAGCCUCAGACAGAGACCCCAGUGCAGCAGAGGCUGAAGAGGGUGCGGCCAAGGGCUCUGGCCUCGGCCCCAUCUUCUGGCCACCCCCAAACACCCACCCCGUGGGCUCUCAGCUAAUGAUGCUGACAGGCCCCCAGGCCACGCGGGGCCUAGAGGAGCCUUCCCCGGGGCCAUCCCUGCCAGAAGGAGCCAGCACCGGUGAGGAAGAGCUGCGUGGCAGAGGGGCGAUGCCCCGGAGAGGGGUUCGUAGGGUCCAGCCCAUCUUCAGGAUCAUCUACACUGCUCCAGGGGGGCCCCAGGAAGGCAGCACCCUGGAGCCUCUGCGCCAGUGAGGGCAGGAGACCCAGCGGCCCCAGGGACCAAGCACCGGCCUACAGGCAGUCUCCUCCCCCUGCCCCCAGGAAGGGCCGUGGGGGCAAGGAGCACCAAGACUGUAAGGAGAAGAUGCGCAGACAAGAGCUGCAGCUCAGCUUGGCAGGCAGGGCUCCUGGGUACCUGGUGGGCCAGUACCCCACAACAGGCUUUGGUGUGAGUGGGUGUGCAGGGAAACUUGUUCCAAAGCAGGAGGAGGAGGAGGAGAGGAGGAAGGGGAGGAGGAGGGAGAGUAGGAGACAGAGGAGGAGCAGGAGGAAGACGAGGAGGAGACAGGCGGAGGUGAAGGUGGAGAAGGAGGAGGAGGUAGUGGUGGAGAAGCAGGAGGGUGGAGGAUUCGUUGGUGGGAGGGAGGGGUGUUUCGUUCUUGUGUUUGUGUAUGGCCACUGGAGACGUGCAGAGAACAGGCAAGGCGACCUGGGACUGACCUGGCCAACCACAGCUCACCAGCUGCCAAUGCCAAGGCCACCGCCAGACCCUGCCAACUCGGGCGGCCGUCCUCGGAGCACCCCUGAGAGCCCAGCCCCGGCCUUGGUGAGGGCCACCUGAAGACGUCUGCCCCCACACUGCCCUGGGAGAUGUCAGGGGCCAUGUCAAGGUGCCUGGGCCUCCGAGAGGGGCCCCUAGUCACCGUCCCCUGGGGCAGGCUGCUCCCUGUACUAGGAAGCCCAUAGGAAGCCUGUGUCUCUGUGGCCCCAUAGUGAUCUCCUCACCACCCCCACACCAGCCCCCGUUCCCGUGCAGAGCCCUGAGGUGCCCGUGGACCCAGGCCGGGUGUCCCUCCUACCCGGGCCGCCACCUCUGGGCCCGGCCACGUGCCCUGAGCUCAGGGCACCAAGGCUCUGCUCGCUCUGGCCCAGUGUCGUGAGCUCCACGUCCGCUGUGUCGGAGUAGAUUUAGGCCAACCGCUGCUUGUUCUUGUGGAGAUGUGUGUGUGUUCUUCUCUGAGCAGUACCCCCAGCCCAGCCCGGAGACCCCAGCCCGGUCCCAGGAGACGGCGGGAAGGACAGAUGGACGACGCCCACGUGGUGGCCUCGGGAAGGAAGAACUGGGCCGGGGAAGGUCGGGGGCUGCGGAGGGUCCUCGGGGACCGUGCUGUGAUCUGCCAUCGCUGCUCCUCGUGACCCCUUGUCCUGGGCUUGGGGGAGCGUUCCCCGCCGUGUUCUCCAGUGUCCUGUGGGGGCCAGAGGGCAGGGCCAGGCCCCAGCACGUGGGCCAGAGGUGGAGGGGUGCCCUGGGGGCAGCGGUCAUUGCUGGGGUCCACCGUCCUGGCCAGAGGCUGACCGUGGGGCCCUCAGGAAGGGAGACUACGCGGGGAGGGCCACAGCAUGGUGGGAGGCAGCUGAGACACCUGGUGAGGGACCCCGGGAGGAGGAGGGGGCUGAGAUCUGUGGGCUUUAGUGGCCGUUAGAAGUUCCUGUCUGUGUGGUCAUUCCCUCUCUUCAGUAGUUUCUGUCAAUGUUUCUCUUUAAUAAAUUUCGUUGAA